CCCGAUUCAGAAACUUCGAUUCAGAAGCUUGGGUUCUCGAUUCAGAAACUUCGAUUCAGAAACUUUGGCCCCUGAUGCAGAAACUUCGAUUCAGAAGCCUGGUUACUCCGAAUUGGAGAAUUGCUUUGCCCGAGCUUGAGUCACUUGGGUGCCAUCAUUCAGAAACUCGGGUGCCGCGACGUUUAGUGACCACUCUCUCAACUGCACCCUUGCAGCACUGCAGACCUCCUUGCCAAAUGAUACGAGCACCCGUUCGAGCGCACCCACGCGGUGCUGCAUACCUGCCUGCCAAAUGACAAGAACACCCGCCCAAGUGCACCCGCGCAGCCGUGGUCUUCCACUCAAGGGGAGGCUUGCCCACAGACCAGCGCUGACAUUAGGCAACACCUCGAAGCAUCGACUUGGGCCAGGAACCAGAGGGACCGGAUUGGGGCGCCUCCGAUCAGGAGGGCGACUGCGAGGGUCGGGAUGAAACCGGCGGCCGCGAGCUGUCCCAAGACAGCGACGACGAGAAGGAACAUAAGACGCUGCUCCCGCUGCCGCCGCCCCUGCCUGCGGCGGAGCCGCCACCUGAGGCGCUGGAUGCGGAUGCUGCACCGGUGAGCAAAUGGUUAGUGUUGGGUGGCCGCAGAGCAGAGUCCGAACUCAGCGCGGCCCAAGGCAUUUAGACAUCCGCAGCUUGCGUUGGUUCAAGCGGAAUUGGUUCGUCUUCCAGAGGGACGCAUAGUCUCUUCGUGCGUGCGCGCUGCUGUAGCAAAUUCAGCAUGGGUUCUGGAUCAUCUGUGCCGAUUAAGAUGCCUACCGAUGGUGCGCAUUUGCACGCGUUCUCCUCCUUGAACAACGGCAAGCUGGAUGACUUCUACCAGGUGGAGACCACGAAGCUCGGAGAGGGCGCCUACGGCUCCGUGUGGAAAGCCGUGCACAAGUCCACGAAUGCAUUGCGCGCCAUCAAGGCCAUCGACCGCAGAAAGAUCACCGAUGGAGAACGCUUCGAGACGGAAGUUGACAUCCAGUGCGCACUAGACCAUCCCAACAUUGUGCAGCUAUACGAGGUGUUUGUCGAUGCCAUGAAGGUGUACUUGGUGAUGGAGCUUUGCAAUGGCGGGCAGCUCUUUGAUCGCAUCAUGGAAGAAGCUGAGAAGAACGGAGGAAAUGCCUUCGAUGAGCGUGGAGCAGCGACGUAUAUGCAGCAGAUCCUCGGGGCAAUGAGCUAUUUGCACAAGAACGACUUUGUACACCGCGACGUCAAGCCCGAGAACCUCCUGUUGCAGAGUCGGGACCCUGACGCCCCUGUCAAGGUCAUUGACUUCGGCUGCGCGAGGGAGUACAAGGUGGGCUCCGGGAGGACGAUGAGGAAGAUUCCGACCAAGGUGACGCCCUACUACGUGGCACCGGAAAUUCUCCAGGAGCGCUACGAUGAGAAAUGCGACGUCUGGGGUUGCGGAGUGAUUUGCUACAUCCUCCUUUGCGGCUAUCCGCCCUUCUUUGGGGAGACAGAUGGCGAUAUCCUGCAAAUGGUGAAGAAGGGCGCCUUCACUUUUCCCUCGCAGGACUGGGACGGCACCUCCCCCGAAGCCAAAGAGUGCAUCUCGCAGAUGCUCACCUUGAACGCCACCAACCGGCCCAGUGCGGCAAAGAUGCUGGAGCACCGGUGGCUGGACAAGAACGCAGAGGCUCCCAAGGGCAAGCCGCCCAACGACCUGUGCGGAAACUUGAAGAAGUUCAACGAGGGCUCCCGCAUGAAGAAGGUAGCGCUGACACUCAUUGCGCAGCAGCUCAAGAAUGAAGAUCUCGAGCAACUCCGAUCCGCUUUCUUGGUGCUGGAUAAGAAUAAGGAUGGCACACUCAGCAUCGAAGAGAUCCAAAAGGGCAUGGCCGAUUCCGCUCUGGAGAUUCCACCCGACCUCAUUGAAAUCAUGAAGAAUCUUGACGGUUCUGGGAGAAUUGACUACACAGAGUUCAUCGCGGCCACCUUGAGCCAGAAGCAGUACCUCCAAAAGGAGGUGCUCUGGUCAGCCUUCAGGGUGUUCGACAAAGAUGGCACUGGGAAAAUCACCAAGCAAGAGCUUGGUGCCAUUUUGAAGGAGCAAGCUGAUGGGGAGGCAAUCCGGGACAUGGUCUCCGAAGUCGACUUGGGUGGCGAUGGCGAGAUCUCAUUCGAUGAGUUUGUAACGCUGAUGGAGAAGGGUGUCGUUUUGAAGUAGGCCGGCGCUUCGCUUGCUUGGCCAGAUAUGAAAGGAUCUCGCGGGAAUCGAGAAGCCAGCGUGAAGAGCAAGACAAUAUUCUCGCUGCAUGUCACGAGUGUCUUUCCUUCACAGGACUGAGCCGGGCGCAAACUGGCGCCACUCGACAGCCACAAACAGACA